GGUGGAGGUGGAGAGACACUGCCGGCUGGAGCACCGAGCGCGUCGCUCUAUCCGAGGUGCGGGCUCCGGGCUCCGGGACAGAGAGAUGCCCGAGCGCCGUGCGGGGGAACCAUCAACACCGCCACCACCAACACCACCAACACCACCAGCAGCAGCAGCAGCAGCAACAACACAAACACCACCACCAACACCACCAGCAGCAGCAGCAACAACACAAACACCACCACCAACACCACCAGCAGCAGCAGCAGCACAAACAGCAGCAGCAACAACAACAACACGGGACACAGAGACAGUAACAUUCAUAGCAGCAGCAGGACAGGAAGAAAGAGAAACAGCAGCAGCAUCAGGAAGAGCAGCGGAAGCAGCAGCAGCUCUUAGAGAAGCUAUAGAAGAAAGGGCAGCUGCAGGAGUAACAGAAGCAGCUGCAGCAGCAGUCACAGAAGCAGCAGCAGUAGAGACAGCAGCAGCAGCGGCGGCUAAAGAAGGAACGGGAGCAGCAGCAGCAGCAGUCGGAGUGUGUCUGCGGACAGGCGGUUGCCAUGGCAUUCGCGGUGAACUACACGUCGCAGUGGUGGGUGUCGUGGCUGCACAGCUUCCCGCACGUGAGCUUCGGCUUCCAGCUGCUCCACAGCGACUUCCAGCCGCAGGCCGAGACCUACCUGCAGUCGCUGGUGUUCCUGGUGGGCAUCGCCGCGGCGGGGCUGGCGCUCAACCUGCUCGUGCUCUUCGUCUACUUCGUGCGCCUCUGCUGCUGCCGCCGGCACGAGGAUGAGGCGCAGAAGCGCUCCAAUGUUUGCUGCACCACCUGGUGCAUCGUCAUGGCCACGCUCAUCUGCAGCGGCGCCAUCGGCGUGGGCUUCUACGGGAACAGCGAGAACAACGACGGCGUGCAGAGGCUCACCGCCAGCCUGCACAACGCCAACAGCACCGUGCACACGGUGGACGCACUGGUGCUGGUGACGGAGUCGAACCUGCGCGAGGCCGUGGGCUCGGAGCUGCUGCGGCUGGAGGAAGCGUUCGCCAAGCGGCCCGAGUUCCUGCGCCUGGUGCGGCGGGCGCGCACCGAGCUGGACGGCCUCCUGCAGCAGCUGGCCGGGGUGCCCUUCUGGGGCCGCGGCGUGUCGCUCGAGCGCACGGCGCACAGCAUCUCCUUCGUCGAAUUCUACAGGUGGCUGGCCUACCUACUGCUGCUCAUCCUGGACAUUAUCAUCUGCCUGUUGGUGCUGCUGGGCCUCUCGAAGCAGUCACGGUGCCUACUCAUCCUGAUGCUGUUGCUGGGCAUCCUGAUGUUGAUCGUGAGCUGGGGAACUCUUGGAGUGGAGGUCGCAGUGUCUGUGGGCGUGAGUGACUUCUGCAUGGCCCCGGAGAACUAUAUCACGAACCUCACACAGGAAUAUUCCAUCAUGAGCAAAGACGUGUUGCAGUACUACCUCCACUGCAGCCUCCAGACGAAAAACCCUUUCCUGCGGAAGAUGACGGGCAGCCUCCGCAUGCUGUCGGACUUGCAGUCCUUGGUGCUGGAGCUCAUCAUCUUCGCUGUGCAGGAGUUCCCUGCCAUGCAGAAGGAGCUGUGGAACAUCCAGGGGUCGCUAAAUGCGACGGAGACCUCCAUCCACCAGCUGACCGCGCUCGUGAAUUGCCGCAGCCUGCACAAGGACUACGUGGAAGCUCUCAACGGGGUGUGCUCGGAGGGCCUCAAAGGGAUGCUUUUUCUGGCGCUCUUCUCCAUCGUCUCGGCCCUCAUGUUCAACAGCGUCAUCUGCAUCGCCCCGAAAACCUGGCGCAACUUCCGCAAGAGGGAGAGGCAGUAUGAGGACAUGGAUGAGGAUGAGCCGUGCCGGCAGCCGCCCGGAAACACACGCCGCCCGCCACUGCCGAGCUUCUACAGUUACAGCAGCUUCGGCAGCCAGACGAGCAUUCAGCCCACCUCCCAGUCCAUCACCAAUGCGCCCGUCUCCGAAUACGUUAUUCGCCGGGUAUGAGGGUCUCCUUGCUGUGCACGACCAGCGCGCCCGACCCGGGACGAGCGGGCGACGCCGCGGAGAGGGGAGGCUGAGACGUGGCGCGGGGCACGCGGAGCGGAGGAGGGACGUUACCGGCAACGACGCCCGCGCUGCCAACCGCACGCGGCUCGCGGCCUGUGAGCCCGUGUGACAUCUCUCACCCGUGUACAUUUCUGUUUUGCUGCUGUUGUUAUCGCUGUAUGGGCCAUUGUUGCAUAUGUCUCUACAGGUCAUCUAUCUAAACUAGGUCUCGCUUUUUUUUAAACCAUCAGUCAAUUGAUGUUAUAUUUUGUUCUCCGAAAGUGGAAUACCGCAUAGAUAAUUCAACGUGGCUUCGUAAGGGCUGCAGCUGUAGCGUGUAGAUGUAUGGACGUCACACAUGCCGUGUGUUUUUAUGGUCAGGGUUAGGAUGUGGCGUGGGAAAUCAACUCAAUGCUUGUGGGACAGAGCGUAUGGCUCGGCACCAUUCUUUAUAGUCAGUAGUGUUGUUUACUUAGAGCCCGAGGUGAUUCAUUUAGGCAAUUGAGAUUAAAUAUAGCAAUCGUUACCCCUACUGGCAGACUAAUGCGAGAAUAAGGCUGAUGCUGAGUCAUCUUGUGACAUUGUGCUGACACUGAGACAGUUGCCACUGGGGGUGCCCUUCGAAUGAUUGAGAUGUGAUGUAAGGCAUUUUGAGUUGCUGGCACAUUUAAGCGACGCCAUAUAUAUGCCGUGUUUAUUGUUCGAGAUACACACAGUAACAUAUUAUCACUGCAGUUGUAGCUCUCCCCUUGUGAAGAUGUCUCGCCUUGACGCACGAUGGUCAAGUAAUCUUCAGCAAGUAGCAGGAUGACAGAAGCUACCGUUCUUGUGCCACGAGUUUAACUUAUCCAACUGAAGUCUGCUGCAUGAAACGUCUCGUCCACCUGGGCGCUGAUUUUGUGAGGGAGCCACUGGUCGCCCACGCAUUGGACAGAGUGCGCACGAGGCGUUAAACACCUGGCACAGGCCAGGUAGCUGUUGUCAGCAGCGAUGGUGGAGUUAGUUUUGGUGCCCUCGUAUCUAUGUAUUUUGAACUUCUUUCGCAACUUAAGUAGCCAACCGUGUAAAGCAGAGGUGUGCGGGAAGGACAACAAACUAAACACAAAAAGCAGUUCUAAAGAAAUUAGUUUUCAAUCUCGAUGAUGUAAAUGUGCAUAGCGCCAGUCGCUUCCCAAUGUCGAAAGGAAGAGCGUUCCAGACGGCCGCAGAAGCGCACCCGAAAGCGCGCGAUGCGGUGACCGCCCUCUUUGCCUGAUGGCCAGCCAAAGAAGCACGUGACCCGAACUCGUGAGUAAUCCUUGCGACGAGACCCGCACGAUGGAGAUCCAGGGAAUUCCCUUCUCAUCAGUCUCUCUGUCUGCGCGCUGUCUGAAGCGAGGGCAGACGCUGGGACGCGCGGCCUUGCGACGCGUCGCAGCCCGUUCGGAGGCAGUGGCGGCGGUGCGCAUGAGAAAGUUAGUUUAACACGUAGGCUUUCGCGACCAAUAUCAUCCAUAAUAAGAGGGUUUUUUUGGGUUAGAUCACGUAAAUAGAGGUUUUUUGGGUUAGAUCGCGUAAAUAUUUACACGAUCUAACCCAAAAAACUCUAUUAUGAAUGAGAAAGUAAUUUAUUUACACACACAAGCCGCUCCGCAAAUCGGGCCCGCCGAAUUAGAUUGAGCAGCGCAUUAAUGCUGUGUCGGUCCACUUCUCUUGCACGUUGUGGGCUUGAAGAUUUGUGGAUCAGUUUUGAUGUAAAUAAGCGAAGCGCGUUGCCACAAGACCCCCCCCCCCCCCCCCCACUCGAUGCAGUGGGCAUCCACCGUGCAGCUAGGCUUCCUGAAUUCAUCUCGCACACGUUCAGUUAACGAAACAAGUACGCAUGCAUUGCGCCCUACUUCCCAUAUCUCGCCCUCUGCAUGAACAAAAUGAAAGUGUUUUUGUUUAGAUUUUUACCCGUAUACUGUAUUUUUAAUCGCUAGACAUUGAUUUUUAAAGACGCGUGAACAUCGCACGCUUGCAGCGGUUUGAUGUUCAUGUUGAGGUCACGUUACACAGUGUGAUCAAUACCAGGGACCAACUAUUCGCUGCAGAUUGUUACUUCAAAGUACCUACUACCCCUUUUAACAAAGUAACUGUAACGUUUUGUUAAAAAAACUCUAAUCUACGCAUCAGAUUUAUUACGUAAUUUACCCUCGCGGCAGUUUUUGUUUGUUAACGAGCACGAUGUAGCUCGAGUUAGCUACCCUGUGUGAAGUCAUCAUUAAUAAUAAUAGUAGCGAGUAAAUAUGAUUUGUUGCAUCUAUGAAACGACAGGGAAGGAGCCUUGAUCCCAGCAACACGACUACCUGAUGGUGACGGCGAGUAUAGAAUGCGAAGAGUGAACAUCACUUUCUCUACGUACUGAGAGUGAUACCCGACUAGGAGCAUUCGAUUUGCUGGGCACAACAUGAUGCCAGUUGAUAGCUUUCCAUUUUGUCCACGACUCAGCAGUGUAAAUAAUAUUUUCCCGAAUGUAUUGUUCAUGAUGUUUUUGUUACACACUAUAAUACACAAAAACCUGCCAGUCAUCUUCGUGACAACAAAACAAUAUGUUCUGCAAAGGCUAUUUGCAUUUUACCUAACAUCCCUCACCUAACAUCCCCAGUGAAAGUUGUCGAUGCGUUUCCGCAAGACAAAGUGAAAGCUUCGUAAAAUUGUAGAGAGCAGUGGGAUGUGGAUGAUGUAUAAUGAUGCGCACUUUGAGAUGUGUGGUGUUAUUCUGUCAUUGUCAGCCCUCCGUAAUUACAUCCCUGCAGCGAGCGUUGCUGCCGCUCUGCUAGAAUGCAAGCCACGGUUCAUCAGGAUAGAACAACGCAUUAUGCGUUCGUAUUGUUAAUUGUCGGUUGAACCGUAUGGCGGGACCACGGGGUCACGAAUAAACGGAAGUCAAACUUGUCAUUAAUUAAUUAAUGUAUUGGCGACUCCGUCCCACCGCGCACAUAAAUCGCCGGGAGGAAUAGAUUGCCGUGUCGUUCGCCUUCAACAGACAUAAAAUGACGUCACAACGCAGUUUAUGCGAGAGCCGGGGGCUUAUUGGACCCUGGGGUCCCGCCAUAAGGUUCAGUUAAUGUCCGUGAGAAAAGAAAGGCGAAGCAUAGCUGCUGUCCAAAAGUGCGUGGAGAUGUGAGAACCUCUCUCUCAGUGUUUCAAACUAACUUUCAUAAUGACAAUGAGUGGCUUUGGCAAUCUUUGCGUGGUGACUGCAAGCUAUUAACACGAUUCAUUUUCAUUGUCUCAAAUGCAACCGCUGCAGGGCUGUUUUUGUUGUUGUUGUUCAUUAAUCAGAUGUGAGAAACUAAAAAUGAUCGUGUUGCGGGCCGCACCGCUGUGUCCUUGUGCAGGCCGAGCAGCCUGGCUGCGCAGUGACGCCAGGGUCACUGCCAGGGUCACUGCCAGUUGCGUUAACGAGCGUGGGUGGCCAACGCUACGAGUUGGGCCCCCUUGACAACCACACUGAAAGAACAACUUAUUUUGCGAAUAUGGGAGCGCCCCUACAGCGUUAUGUAUUCGAGACCGUGAGCGUAACGAUGCUGUGAUUAGGUAAGAGGUGCCGAGAUGUAUAAUUAAUUAGAGCCUCUAAGUGCGACCGUCCGAAAUAAAUCAAAUACUGGGGCCCACCUGACCAAUUGCCGCACCCCCUGAGCUGAUAAUGCCGUUACUACACCACUGGUCACUGCUCGUAAACAGCCUCUUCCUUCCUGAGUUCUGAUAUAGAACGAGGGUGGUUACGGAGACAUUGAUCCAAAGCCCACAAGGUACUUCUCUGCCUGUGCCCUCAUGGGUUAGCGCAUGCAAGACACAGCAAUGACCGGGCCUUUGUCGCUGCUGUCGUGGUUUGUACUGUUGUAACGAUGCGCAGAGUCGUCGAUUUAAAUUGAUUUUAAAAUUCACAGUGCAUCGUCGGACAUCGAUGGAAUCGCGCGCGCAUAAGAUUCGAUCGUGUGCAACGUGCACGCGUGGUGCGCGUUGCACGCGAUCCACACGAUCAGCCCCUGCGACCACUGUGAGGCCGCUUCACUCAUCACGCAGAACAACAAUCGUCAUCGUCUCAUUCUGACGUUGAAUCAUGCCCCCCCCCAAAAUCAUCCUGACGAUUUCCUAAAUCGCAAUGGGGCGGGGGGAGCAUCAAUGUGAGCAAAGCGCGAGAUCUUGUGCUACUGCACCUGGCCCAUCCCUCUUUGUCUUUCAUUGGCUCGACACACCGAGUGCAUUCGCUGACUCCGUGAACUCGUGCCAGAUCUCCGAAUGCACCGAGCCACAGGCGUUCUCCUCUCGCUGUUGGACUCGUGUGCGAGCGCUUGGGCAUCGUCACAAAUUGUUAAUGCCCCCCGCCACCCCCCUCCAAACGUGCGGUCUUAAAUGGGUGGCUUCUAAGUUUUAAAGCCGCAGUGUAUCCUGCACAUGUCCUAGCAAUCAUCCGUACGUGGUAUUGAUGUUGGCUUUCUUCCACGUAACUUCUUCCUGUGUGGUUCAUUGUACCCUUAACUGCUCGAUAACUAUUAUGGCAUGCUGCUUCUGUUGUAUCCAGUUCCAGGUGAAAUGUGAGUCAGUGUAACGCUUGUGUCUGGAGAACGUGAGUGUCGCGCUUGUGUCUGGUCACCGCAUGUGAACCGUGCUCUGGGCUGCAUACUCACGACUUGUGCAUUCACGUUGUUUUGCGUUCGUAUCUCAUUUGUACAAAUGCAUGGGCCCAAUAAACAUUGAACGUGGGUCGACGUUGGGCCAAGGGUUUCAACCUCGUGCCAACGUCGGCCCAACGUUGCACGCUACUGGGAGCAGGGUAGGUGUGAGUCAACUUUCACAGCGUCGUUUGCGUUACACUUCUGUGAGCCAACUCGUGCUCCCACAGAAAACCAUGCUUUGGCAUAAUGUAGAUUUCCCAUGCAAGCAUUCACGUCCAUUGAUAAGAAAUGUGUUGUGAAAGUGAACGCUGUAUAAACAUCACGUGAGGUUGUGCGUGCUCUUGGAUUCCACAAUAUAUAUUGUAAAAUACAGGCUCCACCAUUAUCGUGCCGUUCGUUUUUAAAAUAUUGUAGCUUAGGGAUUAUUGUUUCUUACAUUUUUAUUAAAUUAUUAAUCUCCUGACAUUACAUUUAUGUAGUAAAAAAAUACAUUUCGAAAUACAGUCAUAAUUAUGAAUGGUUUAAAUAACUUGCUAUUGUCCAGCAAAUUAAUGUUUUUUAAAGACAUUCUGGAGUAAUGAACUGCAUGGUGGUUACAUGACGUCGUAGUUCUCAACAUGAAUUAGAUUAACUUUGUACUGCCAGCAUGUGCAUCACAAGUAUUAUACACCGUGAUGAUUAGAAGACCGAGAGCGCGCUGAUUUUUGAGUGAACCGCAUACAGUAAGUCGUCUGUAUUCGUAUAGCAAAGCACAAACUAAGACUACGAAAAGUGCUAAAUACAACUACACGAGCAAAGGGACACCGAUACCGCGAUUAUCGUCCUGCCGUGACGUCACGCGGCAGGGCCGUGACGUCACGCGGCAGGGCCGUGACGUCACGCGGUAGGGCGUGACGUCACGCGGCAGGGCCGUGACGUCACGUGGCAGGGCCGUGCCCAGAUCACAUCGUCACGUGGGGGGGGGGGCAACUCCUGUAAAGGAUAUCUGGCGUCUAAAUUAAGUUCGCACGAUGUCCAAUUAAAAGUAUCCAACAUGGAGCGUACGUUAAGGACAAAUACUUAUUUCUUCACGAAUAUUACAUUCGUGAAAAACGACGAGAACGGCUUGUGACGUACACCUGCAUACUCAGGCCGUUGCUAAUUAUCAGGCGAGGGGGGGGGCACUGUGGGAAGCAUCUGCCACCUCCCCCCUCAGUCGGGCCCCCCCCGCUGCCCCCUGCUCGGUGGUCGUGUUGAGUGGCACGGCGCUGCUGUCGAGUCACGGCGCAGGGAAGACAUUGGGCGACAAUGAAGCCGGGAAUGAUGUAAUUUGACGCCGUCAACAUUUCAGCCCUUCUUAACCUACGCUGCAGCCUUGCACCCCUUUGGUCCUCGAUCGUUAAAAAACAUCGGGGGUUUGAUGAAACAAAGUGGUUGUGCUGACAUGCCCGUGCUUAAUGUGUUUUUCGAUUAUUUACCUUCUCAAAAAAUAUGGCCAUGCCUCGCACCCCCAGAAAGGGCAUCCCAGGGGGUGCGCGUGCACCCCAGGUGAAUGCAGACCCAUUAUUACACUGCACAUUAGCGCUGUGCUGUUUCCCUAAUUGGUGGUGCCAUCAGGUGUCGGGAUGAGACACGAGGUCUCAUGGAAAUGGAAUACUGUACUGUAAUAUUUUGUAUUUUCCACGGUUCCGUUUUUGUCUAUGAUGCUAGUUUUGUAGCUACUUUGAGUCGCCAACCCAAAGUCUUAACCACUCAGAUUACAAGGCCGCGAGGGAUGUGAAUGAAAAUGUCCCAUUUGUUCUUCCCUUUAUGAUGGUGCUGAGGUUUGUUUUUUUUUGUUGCAGAUGAAUAACCUCUCAUUAGUUAGGGUCACCAGGCAAUUACUGCUCUUCCUGUUACUUCGGUGUCAUUCUCAUUUCUCGUGUGAAAGUGACGAGGCCAUUGAGAUGCCUGUGAAGAUUUUGUUGAUUUACCAUUGCACAUUUUACGACGUCGCGUCCGUGCUCUGUGUUAGGGCUGCAGUUUAGUCAAAGUCGUCUCUGCAUAGGUGAUGUUGUCAUACAUUACCGCAUUCCCAUGAUUGUGCAAUGGAAUCUAAGAGAAAUGUACCCUCGUGGAGAAAUCCUUGUACAAAACGAGGACGAUAUGUAGAUGAUUAACUGAGAAGGCUAGAUGGUACAUGCAGAGACAUGAUUGUUUAACUGCAGUAUGGUAUUGGGGGUAAUCUUAGAAAGUGUUAAAUCAUUAGGUUAGCAAUUCAUACUGACAAAUAAGGAUAUCUGUAAUGUUAUGCUUAGCUUUGCAGAGCCUGUGACAUUGUGUAAUUUGCUCUCCUCUCACCAUCACAAGUGAUAAUGUGUGCAGAGCGCCAGAACUAGAGUACGUAUAUUUUAAAAUAGAAAAUUCGAAUAUUUGUACUCCAGAUUAAAACGUCAUUUGAAAGGGCAAGUGCGACUUUUGCCGCCGUCAUCGUGGUCCCGUUUCGUUGAAGAGAUCUUCAACGAAAUGGUGGCGGUGAGUGUGGUCGUGGUGAGUGUGGUGGUGGUGAGCGUGGUGGUGGUGUUGGUGAGUGUGGUGGUAGUGAAUGUGCUGGUGGUGGUGAGUUUGGUGGUGCUCGUGGUGGUGAUGGUGGUGGUGUUAUAUAUGUUAUGUAUACCAUGAUAUAUGCCGAUGAUCUGGUGAUUGCUGCUCAAUCAGAGGAGGAGUUGGAUGCACUACUGCUGAACCUGGAGCAUUCCACGAAGAGGUGAGGCCUUACCAUCAGCCUCACCAAAACUAAGCACCUGCCUGGGUAUUUUGUAACAUCAGACACUGCACUACCACAACUCCCAAUUGACGAUGGUGCAACUGUGGAGAGAGUGGAGAGUGUUCCAUACCUGGGCAGUGUGCUCAUGACCAGCUCCAGUUUGACAGCAUAGGUCUCACUCCGAAUCAGUCGAGCGACAUUAUCUUUUCAUCGGCUGCAUAAUGCUGUGUGGAAGCUACCUGGUCUGUAGCUCCACACAAAGCUUCGGGAUCUUCUCGGCCACGGCCAUGCCUUCCCUUCUCUACACUUGCGAAACGUGGACCCCCCUAAUGAAACCUCUUCGCCAGUUAGAAAUAUUUAGGCUGGCCUGCCUACGAUAUAUCCUGGGUUUAACCAGGCUUGAAUGUGUGAGGAGCUCACCAAUCCUUGAAAGAUCUGGACAUUGGUGAGCUCCGGCAGGCAAGGUUGCGUUGGCUGCGUCAUGUAGCCCGCAUGCCCAGUCACCGCAUGCCCAAACAGCUUUUGUUUGGCUGGAUAGAGGGGGCUAAACGGGCGUGGCACGGGCUAGAGAAGAGAUGGAGUGAUGUGGUACAGGAGAAUGUGGAGCUGAGUGGAAUUGCCGAUGACUGGUACCAGCGGUGUCAAGAUCGGCCUCUGUGGAGGAGGCUCGUGAAGGACGCUGCUGCUACUGCGUAGUUGGAGGCAGUCGCCCUCCAACAACACGGAGGGCGGAGGAGCGACGCUCACAACAACGAGCCGAGCGCCGCGCGGCUAAACACAGCAAGUUGGCGCAGUAGGGGGCACAGGUGGUGCAUCGGCCAGUCAUCUCAGUCAGUCGACCUGUGGUACCUGGGUCUGUCCCGUGACCUCCUGCCAGCGGGCAUUCGACACCUCACGUGGCCUCAACGUGCACAUAGCCUGGCACAAGCGUCGUGGUAACGUCACCGCCACUUAGUGGCGAAUGGCGGUUGUUGGUGUUGCUGUUGAGUAUGGUGGUACUGAUGAGUGUGGUGAUGCUGGCGGUGGUGGUUAGUGUGGUGGUGCUGGCGGUGGUGCUGGUGGUGUGUGUAUGUCAAUGGAGCUAAGUGAAUUCGCGUAGACAGGAUGGUUUGCGUUUUGAUGACCCUGCAUUGGCAGUGGUGGACAAGUACAAAUAGCACACUCAGACACAUCUAAACGACCCUCCGCCAAGGCAGUGUGUGGCCCUUAUGGACUGAUUGUUUCCAUAAGUACAUCAGGUCGCAUUUGUGUGUAUAAUGGAGAGUCCUGGCUUUACGUUUCUCGUGGUUUAUUCUCCCUCCACUUGUGUUGCGGCCUUUUCUUUUAACGGUCAUAUGGUGCACUGACAUUUGCCUAUAUUCUGCAUUUAGGAUGCAGCAGUGUAUAAUGCACAUGCUGGGGGGUUGCGACUGUACGGUUUAAGAUGACAUGCUCGGACAGUAUUAGGUUUGCAAAGUAAAUGUUAAAGAUAAAAUCUGUUGAUCUUAACCAAAUAAUAACUGAGUACUGUGUGUAUGUGUGUGGUCGAGGCACGUUUGAAGGCAAUCCCUGCCCUGGAAUACAGGCGGCGCUCGCCACUCCACAACGCGAGCAUCCUCUCAGUAAUAACAGAUUCAGGGACAGGUCUAAAGAGCGUCAGAUUACUAAAAAAAACUAAGUGGUUGAUUUAACUUUUAUAUAAAUGUAAAAAAACAAAUUUUGCAUUGCAAUUGCUUGCGACGGUAAUGAACAAUGCGUUGUUUACAGGCGGUGUAUUGUGAACGUGAGGUUAACGGCAUGCAGCAUGUUCAUGGCGCAAUCACGGCGUGUGCCGUGCGAUCGUCUGAGAUGUUCGGCCGAUGUGGCCGUGCGCUCGCUCCGCUAAGUCGCUUCCUGUAGUGCCACGGGCCGCGUGACCCCCGGCGUGUCCUCCUCCACUGCCACGCCAUUGGCUGCCGAAGUGUUUGCUGUCAAUGGCCUUUUGAAUUCCACGCGCAUUUGUUCAUCGUGCGGGACAGCAAGUUGCCCAUGUGGGACCGAGCACAGGGCAGAUGUAAAUGAUAAUUGAGCUCAGUCCGGUUGCAAUGCAGUGCAUUUUACAAUGUUUACCAAGCACAAGUUUGGGGGAUGUGAAUGAUGAUCUACAGAGUAAUUCAAAAUUAGCGAAAUAAAUUAGCAGACAAUAUGGCUCCUUCCCAUCUAUGUCCCUCCGCGUAAAACACAAACUUUUUUUUACACAUCCCAUCAGCUAAAAUGGCCUACCGGGAGUGCAUUUUUUUGCAGCAUUGGUUCAAGCAAACUUUGCAGUGGUUUUCGACAAUUAGUUUAGGCUUUGCUUCAACGAAUGCUGGCGAACUGCCCGAUGUUCAUCGACAAGGACCCUCUCUGUCAGAUAUGGGUCUUUGUUCGAUGCAAAACUACAUAUACUGUGACGCAUAACACCAUGCGAAUGAUCACAUCGUUACCUAAUUCAAAAGUGGCCGGUGUCCAAAAUGCCGAUGGCCAUCCACACUCGCACGCCUUGACCUGCUGUGACCCUAAAUUGAGACCCAGACUGGACACGGGCCAAGGAACUCUCCUUGGCCCGCCCAGGCAACGCGAUGUCGCUACGAGGCGCAGAGUAACUUUUUUUACGUCACGCAAUCUCGACGCUAUUUUCAAGUUGUAUUCCUCGGGAGCAACCUGUCAGCACAUUUCACGCAUCGCACGCUGCGGCCUAGUUGAGGAGCGCCUGAGCAUUUGCUCGAGCGUCGCAAGUUCGUGCCGGUUCCCACGGGCUCCUUUGAGGCUGUCGAGUCGUGCUGGCUGUGUUUAACCGCGGGAGGGUGCAGUGAAAGUGAUUUACACGACACUUGCGUAUGAUUUGCUUCACCAGCAUGGCCGGUGCACCGCAUGUAGCAGCUAUCGAAGCAACAGAACUCCACGUUACACGUGACUGAAUGGACGAGGAUAAAUUCAUCGCUGUUAUCAUUGAUUCAUGAUUUAAACGUCAUUUUCAAAGUUUGUUUUACAUAACUAGGUUUUAUAUGUUGAAUUACGCCAGUGAUAUUGAUAGACGGUUGCAACAUUGUUUUAUUCUGCCACUUUAUUAAAGAUGGAUAAUUAAAACAUUAACUUUUCAUAUUUACCGACAUUUUGCCAGUCUUAGUUUGCGUAUUUCCUAACAAUAUUUUAAUGUUUUUUUAUGUUGGUAGGCUUAGUAUUUAAUUUUAUAUUUCAACACGACCCUUUACAUUAAAUUAGGUAUUGGCUUGCUUUUUGUAAUGUGAUUAUUAUGCAGCGAUUUGCAUUGUUCAGAGCCAUAGAAUGUCCGCCUUUCAGUAUAUUCAUAAGCGCGGUUGUCUUUGGGGAAAACUUGUAACUGUAGCAUCAUAAACGGUAAAUGCAGAGUUUAACACUGCCAUUAAGAACUUGGGUGAAUUGCAAUGGGGAUUUGCUGCUCACAUGAGCAUUGAGGCGAUGCUCAUCUCCUCUUCACAGACCUGAGCCAGUGGUGGAAAUUCCACAUUCCUACGGCGGUGCCAAGUCUACCCGUAGGACAACCACUGUUAACUUCGCCAUGAAGUGGAACUCACUUGACGUCCCUGUAGGGAUCACGAGCUCAGUCAGCCACCAACCAACGCUUGAACUCGCAACUUUACGAUUUCGAGCCGCUCGCUCCACGGCUGAGCUCCGUGAUUGGGACUACAGACGUCUGGGUAAUCCGAUGUAUUUAUUUUAUGGGCGUUUGAAGUAGUCUGUACAUUAAGGCUGCCCAUUGAAUUUCACACCAGCACAACACUGGAACACAACCCGUGCAUAUCGGUGCAUUAGAGGCCACCAAUGUUGAGCAUGCUUGAAGCUGGCAUUUUGCGCUCCCAAUUAGUCGUGACGUACCCAUUAGAUCCCAGCGUGAUUUUUCCGAGUUUGGAUAAGAGUCGAGCCUUUUCUGCUGUCGAGCUUGCACCAUGACCGGACGAUUGACGCAUCGCGUGGCGAAAGCUUUCCAGCAGACCGGGCCACGAACCCACGGCGGGACUCGGAGCGCGCUUGAGAGAGCGAGCGCGCACGUGAGAGUGUGGGGAGCGGUAGUGUAGCGAUAAGCGCUGCGCUAUGAACCCGGCAAUCCGGGUUCGAUUCCCGCUCACGGCCAACAACGGUGACGAUUAUCUGAACCGGUCCUGGGCCUCCCCUAGGUCGACUCUGCCUCAAAUGAGUACCUGGUGUGGUGUGUAAACAUCGCCACUGGGGAGACAAAGGCGGUCGGGCGUGGUGCUGGCCACCCACCCCCUCGUGUACCGUUCCGGCCUUCAUAGGUGCUCGCUAACAACACUUGCCCCUACAGUCUGUUAAGGCUACACGGGGGAUUUUUGUCUUUGUAAAUAUCCUCACUUGGUGCCGACCGUGCUUGGCGUGCAAUGGCAGUACUCGUUGCCUCCCGCCCAUGGACGUGUACCUAUGGGCGUGUACCUAUGGGGGUGUACCCAUGGACGUGUACCCAUGGACGUGUACCUAUGGGGGUGUACCCAUGGGCGUGUACCCAUGGGUACACGCCCAUGGGCGUGUAUCCACCUGCGCAGCUCCGCGUAGUCGUCGUCGUGGUCGUCUGUAGGCUUAAAGCGCCAUCCACGUGCCGUCACCACCUCCCUCCUGCCGCUCGCUCGCUGUCUGCUAGAUUGCCACGGCCUGCACGUGCCGUGCCGCUUGUCGACGAUUGCGCCGCCGUCUUGGGUUGCUUUACAAUGUUGUGAUGCUUUCAUCCCCCCAUCGCUUCUCCGUGGUAUAAUAGUAAUACAAAUAACGACAAUGGUUAUGAUAUGAACACGAGGAGAUGUGUUUGUUUAAACGGCUUGGAGCUGUUUUUUUUACGAAGCUUGAUGUUGUGUGGGAAAUAAUGUUGUGUUUAAUGUCUCACGCGUUCAUAUUCUUUAUCUCUCUUUUUUAAUAAUAACAAUUCUCAUCCCAAACUCAAAUUUGUGAUAUAAAUGUCCGUUAGUAAAAAAAUAAAGAAUGAUAUAUUGUAA